AUGGAUAAAGCCCAGGAUUUCAUCAACAACAACCUUUUAACCAAGUGUUUCAAUGACCCAAAAAAUGAAAUAGACGAAGGCAGACUGCUCGAUACACUUAUGUUGCUGCCGACAGAUGGUGGAUCUACAUCGCGCAUUAAAAAGAUCAUAGAGAAACGGACCAGACUACAUGACACGAAGGUGAAGAAUAAAGUACCGAAUUCAGAACCUAUAGAUUAUGACAAAUACAAGCAAGCUAAUUACAAAAAGAUUAAUAAAAGGUCUAAACAGUCACUUAAGGAUUUCAUAAUCAAAUCCAAAUUAAGUGUUAAUAAAGCCAAACAGAUAGCCCAUGAGAAGAAUAUUACAAAAAAAGCUGACUUGUUUAAAUACCUAGAGACCAAUGAUCCCGAGCUUUAUAAAGAUCUGCCUAAAUAUGAGAAAUUCAGGCCUCUAUUUUCUGAACUUUGGAUUAGCUAUAUACAAGAAUUGCUAAACAUAUCAUACCCAUGCCAGAGUACAGAAUUCAAAGCAAAUGGCAUGCAAAUUUUGACAAAGUUGUCAAUGGCAGAUUAUAAUGGUGCCGCCCUAAGAGUCACAAAGAGCAAAAAUCAUAAUACGGUAGGAAUAGAAGGUAUUGUUGUUUGGGACGCACAAAAGAAUUUUAUAAUGAUUACUAGUGGCUCUCUUGUGGAUGAGAUCAAGAUAAUACCAAAGAAAGGGACCCUCUUCGACUUUGAAAUUCCAUUAAAUGAUGAACAGGCCUUACAAUAUAGCAUCCUUGGUGAUAGAUUCAAAUAUAGAAGUGUCGAUAGAGCUGGCAGAAAAUUCAAGACCAGAAGAUGCGAUGAUUUGCUCUUUUAUGUAUUUGAUAGCUGA